UUAGAGCAUCAGUUUAGCAGCCUCUUUAUUUACCCUUAGUUUAGCUUAGGCGUAGGCACUGCUGAGCGCACUCAAACUGGAUAACUAGAAACUGCAUGGUGCGCAAAUGGCACAUGUUUUAGCUCUGCGAUAGCAGCUGUAACCCGAGAGUGAGGGAAUAUAUGUGAAAAAGUAUGCUUUUCUCAGAGGACACUAUCGCAAGGCUUUGCAUGGUGUCCGAGGCACUCACUAGAAUUUGAGUUUAUUUUUUUAUUUAUUUUACGCGUGCAGUUUUUUUCCUUCAUAAUUCCCUUCCCGAAGUUCUUUGCAAUUUUUAUUGCAACAGAGAGAGCGAUAAAGGGGUUAAAGAGCGUAAAGCGGAAUCAGUAUGGAAGAAAAUGAUCACGGUAACAGAGACGUGGUGGAGCGGCAGGAGUCGGCGGAUGAAUCCAACAGAGCCAUCCUUCCCCUGUUACAGGCGCCGGGGAACCCGCAGAUCCCUCACAGGGUCACCAAUUUCUUCAUCGACAACAUCCUGCGGCCGGAUUUCGGGCGUAAAAAGGACGGAGCCGCAAACAGCGAAGAGAGUAGCCUGGCAUCGCGGGAGAGCCACAACAGCCCCGUCGCCCCUCAGACCGAGCCUGUGGGGAGCACGGUGCCGGCGGAAGGGACCUCCACUCCUCAUGCAGUCACCGGGACCAAGAAGCCCGUUAUAGUCGCCGAGGAGCCCCUGAAACCCCGCGGGGACAACGGAGACCAGUGCCUAAGCUCAGACUCAGACAGUUCCCAAGCCAGCUCAAACCCGUCCCAGUCCAAGCCCAUGCUGUGGCCGGCCUGGGUCUACUGCACCCGAUACUCGGACAGGCCUUCUUCAGGCCCCAGAUCUCGAAAACCAAAGAAGAAAACAGCCAGCAAAGAGGACAAGCGACCACGUACGGCCUUCACAGCAGAGCAGCUGCAAAGACUGAAAUCAGAGUUCCAGACAAACCGCUAUCUGACCGAGCAGAGGCGGCAGAACCUGGCGCAGGAGCUGGGCCUGAACGAGUCCCAGAUCAAGAUCUGGUUUCAGAACAAGAGGGCCAAAAUCAAGAAGGCCACCGGCGCAAAGAACUCCCUGGCCUUGCACCUGAUGGCACAGGGACUGUACAAUCACGCCACCGUCUCGUCGAAGGACGAAAAAUCAGACAGCGAUUGAUUUCCAGAGAAGUCACAAGCAGCCUCCAUGACGAAAAAGAACCUAUAGUGAUCCUAUGAUAGAUUAUAUAGAGAUAUCACUACCUACAGGAAUAUUUAAUGGUACCACAGCAGAUACAAAUACAAUAAAGCUCUAUUACUAUCACUGCAGAUACACCAAGGGCCCAAAACAACACAGAAAUACUUCAAAGACACAGUAAGAGUCCCUACAGGAAUAUUUAAUAACACCAUAGCUCUCUAUAGGCUCCUAUAGGAAUAUUAUAGCGAUUUUUCGUUAUACGGGAGGUUUUGUUAAGCCUACAAUGCAAUAAUUUCAUCGAAUAAAGGGCCAGUGUGUAGAGUAUACCAGCAUAAAUUGUUUAAAAAAAAUAGAGAUAUUUCUGCAAUAUCACGUCUAUAAAAGAUGUUGUAUAAAGGUAUGUUUUCAUUGUUUGUCGUCCCCCCCCUCCAGGAGGUAGCUUCAAAUGCUAACACCCUUCUUUUUCUAUAGGCCUAUACUGCUAACCAUGAUUGUCAUCAUACUUUGAAACUGACACUUCGAUCUGUCAGUGAAGUGAGCAUACUGAAGUCCAAAGAAUAUUUUUCUGCUGCAUCCAGGCUACUGUGAAUUUAAAUAAAUGCUAACACGAGUGUUUUAUGUC